AAAUGGCUGAACGUACCGUUCAAGAGACUUUAGAGAGAUGCGAAUGCACUAUUUUGGAACGGGCUCAAUUUCUGAUAUUGGAACAGCGCUGCCUGGAGAUGUUGUUAGCUAAAUACAAAGCCAUUCGAGUUACCCCGGAGAGCCAUCGGUCAAAAGUUUUGCUUGAGCUGAAGACGUUCAAAAGUAAACAUCCAAACGGAGACGCAUGGGUCUUGCAAGCGACGAUUUUGCCGGCUUGCGUCAUCAUGUACCAUCAAGUCCUUAGUCCUUAUUUGGACUCGGCCGACCUCACCGGCCCCAUCUCCUUCUGCCAUCCUGACGAAAGGUUUGAGAUCUUCAAAACGCUUUUCAAAGAUAUCUUCAAAUGCGCUCGUGCAACGAUCAGCAAGGUGCUGCUUUUCAGGCACCUGGACCUGGACCUCCUCCUCCACCACAGGAUCUAUUUCUGCGAUUUGAUUCACCACACCUGGCUGUUCAAGAUACCGUAUCUGCGCGAGUUGCGCAUUGAACUUUUCGCCUGCAAAUUGGAAGAAGUGAUGGACCUGAUCUAUUGCUGUCGCUUUUCUCUCGUGUUCGUCAGUGUCAACCUCGACCUGGAGGACCCUGGGUCUCUUCCACCUGCGAAGGCGUUGCAGGAAAAACUGGCCAAUUUGCGGCUUUUCCUCUUCUGCUCGGCGUCAAAGACGGCAAACGAGCAGCUGAAUGAACUCUGCGUCACGAACCUGCCCAAGUUGCAGGUCGUCCAGGAAUUCGCCAGUCAUUUCUGCACUGGCGAGGGUUUGCCCCUUCCCGAUCCUGAUGAAACAUCGCCCACAGCUUCCAACCUGCUCCAUUUAACAAUUGAUUUGGACACGGUUCUUCCUAAGGCAGAGGAAAUUCAUCUCAGGUUUCCCCACGUCACCCAUUUGAAGGUGUUUCAAAACGACGAAUUAUUUUUCUCCGAAGAAGUGGAUUUGAAAACAAUAGACCAUCUGCUCCAUUUUUCCAAGGUUGAACACCUGGACCUCCGCUUGUCCAGGCCGUCGACCUUCAACCAAAUCUUGGAGAAGCUCUUUGGAACGUACAAAAGCAAGAUCAAGACCCUGAGCGUCGUGAGCGUCUCUCCGAUGAUCAAGACCUGCAGCAUCAGCCACAUUUUCCAGCAGUGUCCGCAUCUGGAAAAGCUCAAUUUUGUGUCUCACCGAAUGGAUUUUGAUCUGAGCCGACCCCCGAUUAAUCACCUGACAGAACUGGAGCUGCUGGUGACUCACAUUUCAAAGGACAGAAGCGAUUUGUUGUCGUUUAUUCUGCGUCCGCCCACUUUGGAGAGGGUCAAGUUGAUUGGCCAAACUGAAAACGUUGAAGACGUGGAAAAUGUGGUCCGCAGCAUCCGCAACGUCGACGGAAUCCUGCGCAACCUGAAGUCGCUGGUCAUCGACAUGAACUGCGCCUCGAUCGGACAGGUCAAGAAAGAAAACUUCGAGUCGUACGUCGAGCUGAUGUACUGCGCCGAGAAAUGCCUCAAAGGUGCGAAUCUCGUGAAUAUCCAGUUUUUUAUGAACAAACUGGACGAGUACUCCACCCUGGUCAGGUGCCACCUUGGACCUUACGAAGAACGGAAAAUUCGCUCUAGAGUUUUUUUCUUCGGUUCGGAUAGAAAACGGCUUAUUUGGUUCAUCGACACAGACCUCAUCGCCUUCCUCGACCGUUUUAUAAUUGAUUAAAAAUUUUAAUCACGUAGAUUGCGUAGGAAUGUUGCAAUAGUUAUGUUCACAAUUUUCAGAUAAAUAAGAUU